UCACGACCCCAUCAGCGACCGGUACCUGCUGCAGGUGAGCCAGGCCAGCUGGCACGUCAGCUGCCUGCGCUGCUCCGUCUGCCUGGCCUCGCUCGAGCAGCAUCAGUCCUGCUUCAUCAAGGGCGACGACGUCUUCUGCCGCGACGACUACAUCAAGUCCUUCAGCGUGUCCUGCUCCAAGUGCACGCGCUGCAUCACCGCCUCUGACUGGGUGCGCCGCGCGCGCAACAACGUCUACCACUUGGCCUGCUUCGCGUGUGACGCGUGCAAGCGUCAGCUCAGCACCGGCGAGGAGUUCGGCCUGCACGACAACCGGGUGCUCUGCAAAGCGCACUACCAGGAGAUGCUGGACGGAGGCUGCACCAGCAAUGAUGCGGAGGACGGCACGACGGGGGCGCGGCACAAAUCGAAGCGGGUGCGGACCACCUUCACGGACGAGCAGCUGCAGAUCCUGCAGGCCAACUUCGAGCUCGACUCGAACCCAGACGGUCACGACCUGGAGCGGAUCGCCCAGGUCACCGGCCUCACCAAGCGCGUCAUCCAGGUCUGGUUCCAGAACUCGCGAGCCAGGCAGAAGCGAUACCAGAACGGCAUGAAGAUCAAAGACGCCGAUCUGGUGUGGUCGCCAGGUAGCUACGUCAGCCACCAGGGCCUGCCGGCCAGCCAGCGGCUCACACCGCCCAAGCUCGACUACCACCUCUCGUUCGCCGUGGCGCCCAGCUCAGACGUGGAGAGCUCCAACCCGGGUCUGCUGGAGCCCCUGAUGCACCUCGACCCGGAGGAGAAGAUCUAAGCAUCGGCCGAUGUGGUAGAUCCGGUGGAACAAGCUUUACAUCCCCGAGACAUUCCCAUACUCCGCGCUGCAUCAGUGUUCUCUCGGUGGCACCGGCUGAUAACGGCGAACCCCUGGUGGCCUGGUCUGGCCCGGGGUCCCACAUAGGCAUGCCAGCUGAAAUAUGGCAGCUCUCAUGGCCGGUGCUCUGUUCCGCUUUUGUGGAAAUGUCAGAAGUCCUGUGCAAGAAACCCCUGACGUAAGGGUCAGAUGUGAAGAAUACAACAGCGUCGUCGCUCGUGAAAAUUGGUGGCGUCCAGCGACGGCUACCCAUGGCAUGAAGUGCUGGUACAUUUCCCGAUUUUAUUUGCCACGCCAUGCAUCCCCAAUCGUCACGUUACGCACGCUGGAGGAAAGAGAAAGGUCCGCUUCUAAACGUGCAUCAUGCUACAAUGUCCACUGCUCCGUUUACCAUGGCUAUCAACAUCAACUCGCUGUAUAGAGUUGACUGAUUUAUGUCUGGCCUACAUCAUGAAGGACUGGCCGCAUGCUUUAUAUUUUUAACGUAUGUUCAGUUUUGCUCCGGAUUAGCCCCGACUCGGAGAGGCGUGACAGAAAUGUUCGACCCCUUUCGUCGACACAGUGCGCGCAGUUGACCCAACGCACUCGUUGGUGAGGCCACGAAGGAGAAGUGCAGUAUACCGUAAUGCAGGCCUGUGUUCCUUUCUCGACAAGACGUCUCCGUUUUCUUGUGCCCUUGAUUCUCUCCUGUGAGCACUGAUCGCUUUCUUGGAUAGGCCCGGUAGCCGGACCAGACUGGGACCGGGAGGCUCCGUGCUCGCCCAAACCCUGACCAGUGUUACGUUGUUUUGUUUUGUGCAUGCGCUGCGCGUCACUUUACGAGCACUUCAAAGAGUACGUGAAACCUGCGAACUGUGCAUAGCGGCAGAUAAUACUCAUCCUAAUUUAACAACUCAGCAAUACUGAUAUUAUUUUAGUGUUCCGUGGUAGUGUGUGGGUACAUUCAUCCCGCGUUGUCAGCGUGGAUGUUAUGCUGUUCCUAUUGUUGUGUUGGCAUGAGUGUUGUGGUGAGAAAGAUGCCAGAAUAAAGGUCGCAUGUACGUGAGAACAUCUUCGUAA